UAAAAAUGGGAAAUAAGGAAGGAAACAAAAAAAAAUGAAAGCAGAAACGGUAGAAAAGAGGAAGAGAUCCUGAGAUACUCAAGAAGAAAUUUAAAAAGUACAUUAAGUGGGAGGAGAGUUUGAAGAUAAAGUAGAGAGUGAGAGAACGAGAGGGAGGGAGAAGCAGAGGGUGUGCACAGAAGAAGGGGUGACGAAGACAGCAGGACAGAUGCUGCUACCAUCCCUGGUCCUUUGGUGACAUCCUGUCACCUCUCUACCCCAUCAUGUCCCUUAACUGUGAGAAUGCCACGCGUGUCCAUGAAAAUGGUAAUCCAGCAAUCAGUACCUUGAUGUUUGCAGCUGGCGUGGUGGGCAACCUUCUGGCGCUUGGUGUCUUAGGAGUGCAUCGGAGAGAACGACGAGCCCGUGCCUCCCCCUUUUGUAUCCUGGUUACCGGACUGGCAGUGACCGACCUUCUAGGCACCUGUAUCUUGAGUCCCGUGGUUUUUGUGUCUUACGCCCAACAAGCGUCUCUAAUAGCUCUUGGGUCCAACGCGCUGUGCCACUUCUUCGCGUUCGCCAUGACGUUCUUCAAUCUGGCCUCCAUGAUGAUCCUGUUUUUCAUGGCACUUGAACGAUGCUUAGCAAUCAGCUUCCCAUAUGUGUAUGCCCAGCAUGGCGGGGGACAGAAUCUAGCCCGUGCCGCCCUGCCCUCCACCUAUAUACUGGUUACCCUACUAUGUGCACUACCCUUGGUAGGAAUUGGAGAACACAAGCAGUACUGUCCUGGAACAUGGUGCUUCAUCAGGAUGGCAGUGCCCGGCGGCGGGAAUCGGGGGGCCUUGGCAUUUUCCCUGCUCUAUGCCAGCUUAACGGGACUGCUAAUCCUUGUCAUACUGAUUUUUAAUAUCUCUGUAACAGCCAGCCUAUGCCGCAUGAGGAAGGGCCAGAGGGCUCGGAGGGCAUCACUGCGAAGGGGGGGUGCUCGAGGCUGGCUUCUAGGAGCAGGAGAAGAGGAACUGGAGCAUCUUAUCCUACUGACUCUGAUGACCGUCAUCUUCAUGGUGUGCUCUGUACCCAUGACGGUGAGUGCUGGGGGCCCAGGGGUGGAAUAGUAAUUUCAGAGAUACCACAGUGUCCAUCUAAGUGGAGGUUGGCAUCCCAUCCCUGGGAAUAGUAAAACUCCUUGAGUGAGUGAAGAAAGGAAUACUGUUUUUUGGGUGGAGAAAGUCCCUCUGAGUGUGCGAGAGGGAGGGGGAUAUAUUAAGGCAUUUGUUUGUGCUCAGUGAGUGUAUUUGUUUUUAUGGAGAUGCGGGAGUAAAGUAGAAACUUUAGGGGAGCACUAAGAGGGGCAGUGUAUCUGUUUGUAUGGGAAUUUAUAACAAAGUAAGUUGCCAUUGUAAGUGCACAGGGGGGAAGCCACACAAUGGAAAAGUACAAGUAUAGUGUAAUGAAAAGAAAAUUGUACAGCGCUGUGGAAUAUGUUGGUGCUUUAUAAAGGUCAGAAAUAAUAUUAAUAUACUAUUUAUUUAAUGCCUUUUUUGUGCUCCCCUAUGGCAUUUAAAGAGCUGAGGGCAUGUUCUCGGACUUAGUAAAGAAUAUUAUCAUUCCCCAGAUCAAUGCCACUUAUAGUUUAGAUAUGACAGUGAUGGCUGGCAGUAGUGUGAAUCAGAGUAUUGAGAAGGGAAGCUAGAUUUGGGGAGAUUGGAAGGAAUGGAUCCUGGUAUUGGAAAGGGAAAGGAGGUGUCUUGCCAUGUGCAGGCUGUAUAACUGAAAUAAGGGAUGGCACAUGUGAUGGCAGUGAGGAAGGCUAUAAGGAGUUUAUAGAUGAAGGGCUCUUGGCUCUGUGCCCAGAGAUGGCAUUCUAUAUGGUAUGUGAUAGAGAGCAGUGUGUUUCAGAGGAGGUCAGCUUGUACCGUAUGGGAAAUGUCAGCAAUGUGUAAGGGAGCAAAGCUCUGUGAUGGGACGGUUGCUGUGGAGAAGAUAUUAAUUUAUGGAUUAAGGAAUGAAGACUGAAACUGUAUGGAGGGGCAAAAUGGAGGCUGGCACUCUGUAUGAAAACUGGCGUUUUGUGAGUAGAGGUUGUGAGAUUGGAGGCUGGCACUCUGUGAGUGGAGGCUGGCACUGUGAGUGCAGAAGCUGGCACUGUGAGUGCGGAGGCUGACUCUGUGGGUGUGUAGGCUGGCACUGUGAGUGCAGAGGCUGGCACUGUGAGAAUGGAGGCUGGCAUUGUGAGUGCAGAGGCUGACGCUGUGGAUGUGAAGGUUAGCAUUGUGUGAGUGGAGGCUGGCACUGUCUUUGGAGGCUGGCACUGUGUGAUAAUGGAGGCUGGCCUUGUGUGUGUGGAGGCUGGCACUGUGUGAGAAUGGAGGCUGGCACUGUGUGAUAAUGGAAGUUGGCACUAUGGGUGUAAAGCUGGGCACUGUGUGUGUGGAGGCUAGCACUGUGUGAUAAUGGAGGCUGACACUAUUUGUGUGAAGGCUGGCACUGUGUAAGUGGAGGCUGGCACUGUGUGAUAAUGGAAGAUGGCACUAUGGAUGUAAAGGCAGGCACUGUGUGAGUGGAGGCUGGCACUGUAUGAGAAUGGAAGCUGGCACUGUGUGAGAAUGGAAGAUGGCACUAUGGAUGUAAAGGCAGGCACUGUGUGAGUGGAGACUGGCACUGUGUGUGUGGAGGCUGGCACUGUAUGAGUGGAGGCUGGCACUGUGUGAGUGGAGGCUGAUAGUUUGUGUGUAAGCUGACACUGUUUGUGUGAAGGCUGGCACUGUGUAAGUGGAAGAUGGCACUAUGGGUGUAAAGGCGGGCACUGUGUGUUUGAAGGCUGGCACUGUGUGUGAAUGGAAGAUGGCACUAUGGGUGUAAAGGUGGGCACUGUGUGUUUGAAGGUUGGCACUGUGUGUAUGGAGGGUAGCACUGUGCGUGUGGAGGGUGGCACUCUGUGAGUGGAGGCUGGCACUGUGUGAGAAUGGAAGAUGGCACUGUGUGAGAAUGGAAGAUGGCACUGUAUGAGUGGAGGCUGACACUGUGUGGGAAAGCUGGCACUGUGUGAGUAGAGGCUGAUAGUGUGUGUGGAGGCUGGUACUGGGUGACUGGAGGCUUCCACUGUGUGUGUGUGGAGGCUGGCAUUGUGUGUGUGGAGGCUGGCACUCUGAGUAGAGGCUGGCACUGUGUGAGAAUGGAAGCUAGCACUGUGUGUGGAGGCUGGAAGGUGCUCAGUGUGUAAGGAGAUAUAGAACUGAAGCUGUUCGGGUAGGUUUGAGAACUGGUCUGACACUGUGUAUAAGGAGAUCCUGGAGGGAUAGCAUUGUAUAAGGAGAGACUGGAGGACUGGCACUAUCUAUGAGUAGACACUGAAGGGCUGGCACUGCGUAUAAGAAGAUACUGGAGGGCUGACACUGUGUAUAAGGAGAUCCUGGAGGGCUGAAACUGUAUAUGGAGAGACUGGAGGGCUGGCACUGUGUAUAAGGAGAUACUAGAUGGCUGACACUGUGUAUAAGGAGAUCCUGGAGGGCUGGCUGGCACUGUAUAAGGAGAGACUGGAGGGCUGGCACUGUGUAUAAGGAGAUCCUGGAGGGCUGGCACUAUAUAAGGAGAGACUGGAGGGCUGGCACUGUGUAUAAGGAGAUACUAGUUGGCUGACACUGUGUAUAAGGAGAUCCUGGAGGGCUGGCUGGCACUGUAUAAGGAGAGACUGGAGGGCUGGCACUGUGUAUAAGGAGAGACUGGAGGGCAGGCACUGUGUAUAAGGAGAUCCUGGAGGGCUGGCACUGUAUAAGGAGAGACUGGAGGGCUGGCCCUAUGUAUGAGUAGAGACUGGAGGGCUGGCACUGUGUAUAAGGAGAUCCUGGAGGGCUGGCACUGUAUAAGGAGAGACUGGAGGGCUGGCACUGUGUAUAAGGAGUUACUAGAGGGCUGACACUGUAUAAGGGAGAGACUGGAGGGCUGGCACUGUGUAUAAGGAGAUCCUGGAGGGCUGCCACUGUAUAAGGAGAGACUGGAGGGCUGGCACUGUGUAUAAGGAGUUACUAGAGGGCUGACACUGUAUAAGGGAGAGACUGGAGGGCUGGCACUGUGUAUAAGGAGAGACUGGAGGAUUGGCACUGUGUAUAUGGAAAGACUGGAGGAUUGGCAUUGUGUAUGAGGAGAGACUAGAGGGCUCGCAAUGUGUAUGAGUAGCGACAUUAGGGUUGGCACACUGUGUGAACAGAGACAGGAGGGUAGGCACUGUGUAUGAAUAGAGAACUGAUGGUUUGCACUGUGUGUGAGUAUAGAUGUGAUGUUUGGCACUGUAUAUGAGUAGUGACAUAAAGGUAGGCACGGUGCAUUAGUAGAGGCUCGAGGAUUGGCACUGUGUGAGUAGGGACAAGAGGGUUGGCACGGUAUAUUAAUAGAGACAGGAGGGUUGACACUAUGAGUAGAGAUUAGCAGCUAGCAGUCUAGCACAGUCUAAUAAGAAUGUUAAGGGUUGGCACUGUGUAUGAGUAGAGACAGGAGGGUUAGCACUGUGUAUGAGUAGAGACAGGAGGGUGGCACUGUGUAUGAGUAGAGACCGGAGGGUUAGCCCUGUGUAUGAGUAGAGACCGGAGGGUUAGCACUGUGUAUGAGUAGAGACAGGAGGGUUAGCACUGUGUAUGAGUAGAGACAGGAGGGUGGCACUGUAUAUGAGUAGAGACCGGAGGGUUAGCACUGUGUAUGAGUAGAGACCGGAGGGUUAGCACUGUGUAUGAGUAGAGACAGGAUGGUUAGCACUGUGUAUGAGUAGAGACAGGAGGGUGGCACUGUGUAUGAGUAGAGACCGGAGGGUUAGCACUGUGUAUGAGUAGAGACAGGAGGGUGGCACUGUGUAUGAGUAGAGACCGGAGGGUUAGCACUGUGUAUGAGUAGAGACAGGAGGGUUAGCACUGUGUAUGAGUAGAGACAGGAGGGUUGCACUGUGGAUGAGUAGAGACCGGAGGGUUAGCACUGUGUAUGAGUAGAGACAGGAGGGUGGCACUGUGUAUGAGUAGAGACCGGAGGGUUAGCACUGUGUAUGAGUAGAGACAGGAGGGUGGCACUGUGUAUGAGUAGAGACAGGAGUGCUGGCACUAUGUAUGAGUAGAGACAGGAGGGUUUACACUGUGUGAGUAGAGAUCAGAGGGUUGGCACUAUGUAUGAGUAGAGACUGGAGGGCUGGCACUGUAUAAGGAGAGACCAGAGGGCUGGCACUGUGUAUAAGAAGAGACAGGAGGGCUGGCACUGUGUAUAAGGAGAGACUGGAGGAUUGGCAUUAUAUAUACAUGGAGAAACAGGAGGGCUGGCAAUGUGUAUGAGUAACGACAUUAGGGUUGGCACCCUGUGUGAACCUCAGAGGAAGUAGACGGAGCGGCAGAGAGGAGUCUGUCUCAGCACUGGAUUACAGAUGAAUAACAAGAUUAAAAAAAAUUGUAAAAGGGGGGGCCCUGAAAUUUAUAAGACCCCACUGAUACACUGGGUACAAAACUAUUUAUGUUUAUAUGCACAGUACUGUUCCUUUUAAAUUACAAUCAAACAGCAAUACAUAUGGGGCAUUUAUUUUAGGAGUAGAAAUUGUAAUCCCUCUGCCAUGUCUCCAUGGUUACCAUGUUUUGCAAAUAAACCCCAAUGUUUCUAGACCAGAGAUGGGUUUACCCUCUGGCCAACAAUGUUGCCACUUCAUUCCAUAAUGUGUCAAAGUAAGAUCUCCUUCCUGCACUGCAAGGGUGCCCAAAAGUAGAUCCCCAGUUGUUGUAGAACUACAAUUCCCAUGAUGCUUUGGCUUUAGAAUGACAAAGCCUCACGGAAGCUGUAGUUUUAAAACAUCUGGGGAUCUACCUAUUGGCCACACUCUUUACUGCUACCUAAUGCUGACAAAUAGACCAUAUCAUGUCUGAUUGUGGCAUCAGUUACAGGCUGAUACUCUGGGUUCUAAGACCAUGUGAAUUGGGGUUCUAUGUCUGAAUAUGAAGCACAGAGCAUCAGUGGGCGAUGAGAGAUUAUCACACAAUGCAUGUUUAUAGGCAAGCACUGUAUGGAGGAUUGCACAGGACUUACUCUGACAUUUAGUUUAUGGAGAAAUGGUGACAAUGAGUGUGGGUGUUUCAAGUGUAACAGAGAGUGAAGUCAUCAGGGAUUUGAGGAACGAGAGGAGUUCUAGGGUGUUUGUAUGUUUUAUGCUGAGAUUGGCAGAGUUUGGAUAUGAACCAAACCUAGCUUGUAAGAGGUGGUAUGAGGUAACGUGAGAAAAACCGACAGCAUAAUAUGGACACUGGGCGGGUGUGGGUUCGAAUGAAAGAACCUGUGUGUCAUUCUGGCACCGAGUAUGUAUAUGGCAGAAACUAUGUGUGUGUAUGAGGGAGAGGUUGGCAUUCUGUGUUAAAGGUGGAAAGACCAACACUAAGGCUUGAUCACAUCUGGAACCAAACUAUACAUGAUGGGCGAGAGUGUGGUAAAAAGCUGCAGGUACAGUAUGUAAGAAAGGAGGGGUGUUUUUGGAAGGUGGGUGUCAGUGUAUGUAUUCGCUGGAGUCAUUCAUUCUGUAUAAGCUCCAGAUGCUGAUACUGUGUAAAAGCAAGGUGAGGUAGGGAUGGCUGGCUGGUUUGGUCUUGAGGAAGUAAGAUAAUCAAUCUUAAAACAUUUGUUUUUAACUUUUUUAAUGGUGGCCAAUAUGGAAAUUUGGCAUUCGGCCCAUGGGACGAGCAUUUUAAGAACACUUUAGGCAUGGGCAACCUUUAGUGGGGCCAUUAAGUCUCUGUGAAAGCUUAGCAUGCAUUCAUCCCAGGCUGACAUGCAACCUUUUAGGGGAUGGCGCUUCUUACUGCGUCACGGCCCUGCCCACCUCCUUGGUCUGUUUUAUUUAUUUUUUGGUUUAUUAGAAUUUUAUUGUCGUUUUUCACUGAGCGUUUCAUAUCGUUUUUAGAUUGCAGCAAAGAGGUAAGACUUGCAGGUCCUUGGCAUAUAAAUGUCCUUUCGACAUGCUAGCCAUGCAGGGCUGCGAUAAACAAGUCAUGUAGUUGAGUAAGACAGUCGUUACUGUAUAUCACAGAUAUCAUGAAGCGUUACAUAACAACGAAUAAAAAAAGACAAAAAAACAGAGCAAUGUAUGUUCACAUAACGUGGGUGGUAUCGAAGUGUAUUCUGUAGAACCCUGUGUUAGUGUACAGUGAGCGGGGCUCAUUUUAACUUAUGAUAGCGGUGUGGUUUUGUCGCAUUAGAAAUGUUGCCAUUUAAAAUUUGCUGUUGCAACACUGAGGUGUUAAACGUAUCUGGAAGGCGUGAUAAAUACUAUAAUGAGAAAUUGUACCUUAACGUUUGGAGAUGUUCUUAUAUGUAAGAAGCUUGUAAUUAUUUAUCCUUGAAGACAGCCUUAUACGUAUCCCAGACAUCUUGGAAUUCCUUGACGGCUGUUUCCACAAUGACAGGAAAACUAUUCCUGGCAUCCACUGCAUUUUUUGUAAAAGUCUUGAACGAGGCUGGGAUUAUGUGUUCCAAAUGACGGUUGGAGCUGUUGCGCUGUGUGUAAGGGCAAGGCCUGGACAGAUUCAUACGCUCUGUCUCUGCGCACACAUGAGAUCUUCCCAGAUCUAGCUAGUUAUUACCUCAUAAAGCAGAAUAUAUAGUAACAUAACACCUCACAAAUGUCCAACAAAUCUUUGGACAUCUCAAUGCAGUACUUUGGCAGAAUCUACUCUUACCAAUAGAGUGUAAUGAGCAGAUCAUAUACUAAUAUUUCAUUUUUUAGUUCCUUUCAACUCUGCCUGCCCAAAACGAGCCUCGUACUCCACAGCAGCUGACUGUGGACGGGACUCCCAUAACUCUCAACAUGGCUGAGAGUCCCAGGAUUCACAGUCCAUGUAAUCUCGAAGGCAGGUACCCCGUAAACCUAAGUCUUCCUUAAAGGACCACUAUAGUGCCAGGAAAACAUACUCGUUUUCCUGGCACUAUAGUGCCCUGAGGGUGCCCCUACCCUCAAGGACUCCCUCUCGCCGGGCUCUGGGGGGAGGAAGGGGUUAAACUUACCUCUUUCUCCAGUGCCGGGUGGGGAGCUCUGCUCCUCCUCUCCGCCUCUUCUCCUCCUCUUCCGCUAAAUGCGCAUGCGCGGCAGGAGCUGCGCGCGCAUUCAGACGGUCUCAUAGGGAAGCAUUCAUAAUGCUUUCCUAUGGACGCUUGUGUCUUCUCACUGUGAUUUUCACAGUGAGAAGCACGCAAACGCCUCUAGCGGCUGUCAAUGAGACAGCCACUAGAGGCUUCAAAGGCUGGAUUAACCUAUUUAUAAACAUAGCAGUUUCUCUGAAACUGCUAUGUUUAUAAAAAAAUGGGUUAACCCUAGAUGGAUCAGGCACCCAGACCACUUCAUUAAGCUGGUCUGGGUGCCUAGAGUGGUCCUUUAAUAUUGACCCCUGCCAACCCUAACACUAAAAAAACACCAUUCCUAAUCACAUUAUUUAAAUGGCGCUGUAUUCCAAUGUUACUGAUACCAAGUGAUUUUAGUUUUUACGAUGACGUUUUAAAUGCAUUCACUGCCAAGGGUUCCCGGCUGUUGACCCAGCAAUCCAUUACCAAAUAUAAAAAUGGAAACUAUGUAACAAACGUGCCCUCCAGAAAGUGGAAGUAUAAUGAGUAAAAUAUUACCCGUUAUGUGUUACUUUAGAUUUUACGAUGAUUCCUCUUAUCUUCUGAAUAAACAUAUUAAAAAAACUAUCUAUAAAGGAAAAAAAUACAAUAGUAUAAUACUCUAACACUAAGUGUAGCGCUGGUGGCUGUAUUGCACUCAGAAGAUUAAAUUUGAAUGCAGGCACAUAAAGGUGUCUACAAAUACAUAGUGCACCAGUGUGAAUUAUAAAACACCUUUUAUUUAGAAUGUACUCGCAGAAUGGAUUCAAAAUUCUUGCACACUGAAAUAUUGCUCUUCCAGAGACUGUAGAACAGGUAGGAUUCAUCAGGAGAAGGAACAACGUAUAGGCCGAAAAUAAUCCAGUGAAAUUAAACAAAAAUAACUGAAAAUAAUAAUAAAAGUAACAUUAUAAUAAAAAUAAAGUCAAUGUAUGGGUCCCCCUUGUCCUGAACACUGUGAACAGGACUUCCUCAGGGGCAUCCAGAAGGGUCAACAUAAAAUGCUGGAGGGGGUUAAAGAAUAUUUCUUAAACCUCAAUUACUUUUUUUUUUUUAUUAACCUUUAAUUAAAAAAAUAAAUAAAUUUAUUUUUCAUCAUUACGACUGAUAUUUUCAUUCAAGUAUUUCCUAUUGCACAUGGAAAUGUUCUGGGUUUUACCCUAAACUAUUUAUUCUAAUAACCAAAUAAUAUAUUUAGGUACAAGAUAAGUGGUAAAAUAAAAAUCUCAUGUCUGGCUAUUUUGGGCAGUAGUUGCAAUUUUGCAGUUUGGUUGUUAGAGUAUGACCGUUUACUCCCUAGUGACAAUACCACUGGUGUCGUGUAGUUAAAAUAUAAGUCAUGGAUAUAAAUUCUAAUAUUAUUAUUAGAAUUAUUUAUGAAGCGCUAACAAAUUCUGCUGUCCUGGGCAGGCUAACAGACAAGUAUUUCUAACAAGAUGAGUUAAACGCACAGCAACAGAGGGUGCUCUGACGAGCGUACAUUCUAGUGGGAGUGGGGUAAAGUGGCACAAGAGGUAAGGGAUACUAAAAUAAAUCGUGCCCCUACUGCGAUAUGAUGUAGAGUACCUUGAACAGAAAAUAAAAUAGAUACAUUAAACAAAUGUUUGAUAUGUAUUUGGUCUCUUGUUAAAUGUGCCUCUUUUCUAUAAAUAUAUAUAUAUAUACACAUAUAUUGUUUUAGUAGUGCUAGAUGUGUGUUAAAAAACAAAAACAAGAGUGUCUGUAACAAUAAUAAUACGAGGGUGCCUGUAAGAUAGUGUGUACGAGUUCACUGAUAAUAGAAUCACAGGUUUAUUUGUUAAAGUAAAAAUUCCAGGUGAAUUCAAAGUAAAAAUAAUAUUUAAGGUCAAAGUAGUCGAACAGGGAAAUUCUCUGAAGUCAUCUAUGCUUCCAGUUUAAGAUCAGUAAUCUGGUCUUAAAACUGAAGUUCACUUUGAAUUCUCAUUUUGGUAACUAACCCUGUUAGUGUAAAAAAUCAUUAAUCGGAGAAAGGCUGCUCCUUCUGACAGCUCUUCAAUGUAACAUAUGGCUAUUUGAAUAGCCGGUAUUACUGGAAGAGGAGUCAAUUUGGCUCGAAGUAUUCACAUCUCUCUAAUAAUGUUUCACAUAAAUGGAAUGUUUAUUUAAAACACUGAUAUUGCGGAUUUUAGCACAGGGUUGUACAUAUAUGUACGGCGUUCGGAAGUGUGGUCUUUUAAUGCUGGAUUGCACUUCAAAAGUCGUCAAAGUUUUUAUGUUGUGAUAACAUUGUAAAGAAAAAAACAUGUAAAAAACAAAAACGUGGCUCGAAGAGUCAUGUCAUUCUAACACGAUAACAGUGAUGAUAGUUAUAACACAAAGCAAUGAGAACAAAAAUGAAUUCCCUUCUUAACAAAAUUGCCCUAAUUAAAAAUGUGUCAGUGUUUAGUGAUAGCAAACUUAUGAGACUUGCGAAAUAACAGGACGUUUUUAGAAUUUUAGUUUCAACGUUCGUGUGCUAGUCCUGGCAUAUAGCCAGCUCUGUUAUAGGGAAACUAUGUUGCUACUAUAAAGCUCGCCUAGUAUAGACACUUUGUUUCACGGUUUGAUUACUAACUGUAUGUGGCUGGUUUUCCUAGCGAGAUUAUUUACUAAAAUGAGAAUUCAAAGGGAUUUUCAAAUUUAAGGUCCGAGAAGCUGAGCUGCAGUCUUAAUUUUGGUGGCAAAUUUCAAUUAUGUUUUAGGCAUUGUUUUUUUGACAAAAGUGCCAUUUUAGUUUUAGUCGUAUUUUAGUCAUCUGAAUUGUUUUAGUUUUAGUUUUAGUCCAGUUUUAAUUGACUCAAUCUCCAGUAGAUUUUAGUCGACAUGAUCUCAGUAUAAUAUGCACUCAGAGAGUGACGUAUUAGAUGCAAACUAUCUAUCCAUAGAUACAAGGAAUACAUAAUUGUGCAUUUUAAGAAAAUAAUGCAACCAAUGGCUUUUGGAGAUAUAAUAUACCAUGAAACCAAAGCGUCCCAUAUUGCAGUAUUUAUUCAAUGGAGAAUAAUGCAUAGAUUACAUCAUCCACAUAUAUGAUGAUGUCAUAUAUAGAUUUAUAAUUAUGGUCUCCUGUGUGUAAAGAAUAAACUGCAGCAUUUUAUGGCGCUCAUAUUUUUAUAUAAACAGAGACAAAGUGUAGAUUUGAGAUGUCUAUGUAUGAACUUGGUGUGUGGGAGCGUUCUAUCUCUAACCAUGGGAAAUAAGCACAGUGGAAUCACACCUAUUAUCGCUGCAUCUCGUCGUGUACACAGUAUGGUGAGAUACGCUCUGUUUACUUUCUAUAUCUCCAUCCCCAUCACGUGUCGGCUCAUAAAUGAGCUCUGGCAGAACAUGAUAUCUGGAAAUAAACCGCAAACAGUUUAGAAUUAGUCCGUGCACCCCGCCUGCGUAGCAACAUUGUCAGCGUUAUUCACUAAUGUGAGAAUUCCAAGUGAAUUUCUCUUUAAGGCCAGAGUAGUCGAACUGAAAGCAUGGCUGACUUUAAGAAUUUUUCCAGUUCGGCUAUUUUGUCUUUAAAGUUGAAACUCGCUUUGAAUCCUCAGUUUAGCAAAUAACUAUAGGGCAAGAAAAUUAGAAGUGGCCAUAACCACCCUUUAUCUAUGUUCUCUCUAGGAACAUUUUUGUGAGCAGUCCGGCACUAAACAUAGUUACAGUGAUUUGAAGUGGUCAUGGUGCCUGGAGUCUGUAUGUUCAAUGUUUGCGCUUCGAAACGCUGCGCAUACACAGUUUAACCCCUCUGCCAUCGCUGCAGCUCCAUCUCAGCUAGCGUCACCGAGACAUCACAAUCCAUCCCAGAUCGUGAGUUCCAGGUGGCUAAUGUUAAUUCUGUGCAUAUUUGGCAUCGGUCGUCAGUGCACACACAGCAUGCUAGUGACAGACAGGCAAUCGUGGCAAGCCCCUAAUGUUCUCUCCCCAGCCGCCCUGACAUCCCCCUCUCCAGCGAGGAGGUGUGACUUUAGCAGGGUAGGAUUGUGCUGAUGGAGAACUUGGCAUCCGUGCUGGAACAGAGGUAAAUUUUAGCUUUAUUUUUUAAUUUAAGGGGUGGCCCAGCACAGCAUGGGUUACUUUAAUCAAAAACAUUGUUUUCUGAAAACACUGGUUUUGGUUGGAGCGACUCUUUAACUAAGGAAUCUUUAAAACAUAAAAACAAAAUACUUCAUGAAAACUACAGGGCGGUUUCUUAACUGUUUAAGUACUAAUCUGCAGUAUUAAGACUCACAAAAAAAUAUUUUUAAUCUGCUUUAUUUUAAUAUGUAAUAAUAUCACUUGUAUCAACUAUGUCUACUGAGGGGUUUCAAAAAUAUCCCACAAAUAUCGCUGACAUGUCCCACUUUGUCUUGCAGCUUCGUGCUUUCCUUGGCGCGGUCUACAAGGAUGAGAAUGAAUCUGCAGAUUUGUUAGCAUUUCGAUUCAGUGCGCUUAACCCCAUCCUGGACCCGUGGAUCUUCAUCAUUUUUCGUGGAUCUGUGUUUAGGAAACUGCAUUCUCUGAUCUGCAGAACUUGGGGUCCCAACACCAAACCCCCCUCCAUUAUCAGCUCUCAGGAAGCCUCCUCCCCAACAAGGACCACUAUAGUGCCUUGAGAGGCACCACAGUCACAGUUCAUGAAAGGAGACAGACUGCAAUGGGACACGAAAAAUAUGGAGAACGACGAGUGAGCAGCCAUAUUGUAAAUAAGAUACGGCAUCUAAAAAACUUCUUAUUGGACAGGAGAAGAGAUAAACAGUAUUUAUUGGGAAAAUACAGGUAGCAUUGAAGUUGAAGAGAGAUUUUUAAAAAAAAUUUUUAAUGCUUUAAAAGAGACAGUUUGAAUGCUUCAAGUGGUACCAUCACCUUAAAAUGUAUUUCCAUAACUAAGUUUAAAACAACAAAGUGUAUAGAUUAAUGUAAUUAAUCUAACUAGGUUGUGGUAAAUUUAGCUAGAAUUACCACUAGAAGAGCUGUCAUUGUUUCAUUGAGGAGGCGGCCAUUUUGUAUCACAAUUUUAAAACAUUUACUGAUACAUUAUUGCAAGACUGCAGAGAUCAUGUGAUGUCAGCAGCCAAUCAGAGUCUGUGAACUGCAGAAUACAUAAAUUGUUCUACGGACUCACUGAUGAUGCCCAGAGCAAAAAAUUCCCACAGAUAGCUGGAAAUCUUUUGUUUGAAUUUUUGUUAUAAUUAUAGAAACCUGUUGAACAGACUGAACAAUGAUUAACACAAGGUAUAGACCAUUUUUAAAUUGCUAUGUGGUGGUACACCUGUUCCUUCAGGUGUCAGAGACUCUCUAAAACCGGGUUGUAUUGCAAAGGACUCGUUACCACGUGACGUAACCCAUGGCAAAGUGACGAGACUCAUGGAGAUAUUUAUUGAUCAUUUCAUUUUUGUUGCACUUAAAUAAAUUCAGACAAAGCAUACAGAGAUGCACUUAAUUUUGUAUUUGAGUGUGUGAUAUAAAUUAUCGUGUCUUGCAAAGGUUCUACAUUUUGUGAUACAAUUACUUGGAAAUACCAAAGAAGGUCACUGCCAGGCACUCA